GACCACAAGAGUAACGUGACUUGUUGACAAAACAAAGUUCACUGGUCUCAUACUUUUACAAAUGGCUGGGUUUUAUUUCGUCCGACCAUCGUCUCUAUGCAGAAUGCAGUGGUUUGUCUGCUUUUUGCCGUCGGUGUUGCUGGUCUGCGGGGCCAGUCUGUGUCCGUGUGAGAGACCGGAGCUCUGUCAGCAGAUCCGACCGCACAGGGACUUCGAGGUGUUUGUGUUUGAUGUGGGUGGGAAAAUGUGGAAGUCCUACGACUGGAGCAUCGUGACGACUGUGGCAACCUUUGGAAAAUAUGACGCUGAACUUAUGUGUUUUGCUCACUCUAAGGGAGCACGGGUGGUCCUCAAAGGUGACGUUCCACUGACCCACAUUGUGGACCGAGACAACAGAACAGCUUGGAUCAUGGAGAAAGUCAACUUGGCUAAGAGUCAGUUUAUGGAUGGAAUCAACUUAGACAUCGAGCAGGCAGUGGAUGAGGGUUCACCAGAGUACCAGGCUUUGACAGAACUAGUCAAAGAGACCACUGAGGCCUUCCACAGGGAGAUCCCAGGGUCUCAGGUGUCAUUUGAUGUUGCCUGGUCACCAAAAUGUAUUGACAAGCGCUGCUACGACUAUGUAUCCAUUGCUAACUCGUGUGACCUGCUCUUUGUGAUGUCCUACGAUGAACAGAGCCAGAUACUGGGAGAUUGUAUUGCAAUGGCAAAUGCCCCAAUUAAUCAAACACUGAAUGCUUAUGAGCAGUAUUUGAACCUAAAGAUUGAUCCAAAGAAGUUAGUGAUGGGAGUACCGUGGUAUGGCUAUGAUUACCCAUGUCUCAACCUGUCCCAGGAGGGAAUAUGCUCCAUAACCAAAGUUCCUUUCCGUGGAGCUCCUUGUAGUGAUGCUGCAGGGAAACAGAAGGCAUACAGCUGGAUUAUGAAGCAGGUCAACAGCUCACUGACUGGCAGACUCUGGGACAGCAAGCAGCAGGCCCCUUACUUCAAUUACGAGGAUAAAAAUGGACAGAUUCAUCAGGUCUGGUUCGAUGACCCAGAGAGCAUUUGUUCCAAAGCAAAUGCGGUGAAGUCUAAAGGUUUGAGGGGUAUCGGCAUGUGGAAUGGCAACAUCUUGGACUACAGUGAUGAGCCAGUUGCUCGGCAGCAGACUGCAGCGAUGUGGAACGCCCUGUUGGGAUGCUAGCUGGAAGACCCAUACACUGCUGCAGCAAUAACACCAUCAGUGUACAGUGUCAGUGUUACUGAAGCAGUAACAAGGAGUGAACUGACACAUACUUGCACUUCACAGUUUAUUGUUGUCUUCAUGUGUCACACAUUCCACUGUGUAAUCUUGACUCGCAAAUGUUUGAAAUACUGAAACGCUGGACCUCAUGCAAGAACAUUUCUAUAUAAGCAUUUGAUCUGACCGUUUUCUUCCUUUUUUAGGCAUGAAGGGCGCAUAUGAGUGGCCACAUCAGAUUUGGCAAAUCCCCCUAACUUCAAAAAACAAUGUAAAUGACCUGCAUAAACAUGACACCUGUGCCCUAGCUGUGUCAGACAAAAUGUAGAGAAAAGAUGAAGCGUAUAAGGUUUUCAAUUACAAUAUACAGUCAUUAGUGGAAAAAUUUUGUAAAAUACAGCAAACUAAUUACACAUAAUUCCUACAAGAGGUCUGAACUUUUCAACUGGGUUUGUACCUCAAAGAAAGUUAAAAAUACAAAAAAAA